AUGAAGCCGUUUCUCAAUCCAUCGGGAACGAACAAUAACUGGUGGCUGUUCUCUGCCCAUUUCGUCAACUCAAUAAAUGACUACGGAGUAUCCGACACUACUGCUAUUCAGGGUUACCUUCUCAAUCCGGGUGAUCCUCUGUCGUCUUCCAUGGGCAUUAAUGGAGUGCAUUUUAAGCCGCCGAUUGUUACCAAUGAUGUCUAUGCCGAGCGGCUUGGUCAAUUAAUGAACACUUACUGGGCUUGUGCAAACUUGAGUGACGAGAAUGUUGUCCGGGUCAACUCCUCCUCGGCCGAUGUUGUCCGUAGCGGAAGUAUCGAAGUGAUCAAUGCCACAUCGGCCGGGUGA